AUAGAUAGCGUCAUAACACUUACAAUUUCGUAAAACAUUUAGCGGCGCUCAGUUGAACGGCGUCAGCUGAGCGCGCGCGCCGCCAUCUUUGUUGCACAGACUAAUAAUUACAAAAAAAAAAUGAGUCAACAAGGACCGGCUUUCGAUGUGAACGCUAUGACGUUGACCAGAUGGGUCCUGACGCAGCAAAGAACAGCCCCUGAAGCCACAGGCGACCUGACUUACCUUCUUAAUUCAAUACAAACAGCAGUCAAGGCCAUACAGUCCGCUGUGAGGAAAGCUGGAAUCGCUAAACUGCAUGGAAUCUCAGGUGAUACUAAUGUCCAAGGCGAGCAAGUGAAGAAACUAGACGUAUUAUCAAAUGACCUGUUUAUCAACGUUCUCAAAUCAUCAUUCACAACAUGUCUACUGGUUUCAGAGGAAAACUCUUCUGUUAUACAGGUGGAAAGCGAGAGACGAGGCAAGUACGUGGUGUGUUUCGAUCCUCUCGACGGCUCUUCCAACAUCGAUUGCCUUGUGUCUGUCGGAUCUAUCUUCUGUAUUUAUAAGAAGACAUCAGCAGGCGAGCCAACAGAGUCAGAUGCUCUCCGGCCGGGGCGCGAGCUGGUGGCUGCGGGGUACGCGUUGUACGGCUCAGCCACUAUGAUGGUACUCUCCCUGGGCCGGGGGAAGGGGGUUAACGGUUUCAUGUACGACCCCUCCAUCGGAGAGUUCAUACUCACAGACCCUAAUAUGAAAAUACCUGAAAAGGGGAACAUCUAUUCUAUUAAUGAAGGUUACUCAGCGGAAUGGGACAAAGGUCUGAAGAGUUACAUUGAGACAAAGAAGUGUCCUGCGAGCGGCAAAGCGUACGGCGCGCGCUAUGUGGGCUCCAUGGUGGCUGACGUCCACCGCACCAUCAAGUAUGGUGGCAUCUUCAUAUAUCCCGCCACAAAGUCCUCGCCAAAUGGAAAAUUACGUCUCCUAUACGAGUGUAAUCCGAUGUCCUUUAUAGUAACGGAGGCUGGAGGUGUGGCUACUAAUGGCCACAUACCAAUACUAGACUUGCAGCCCACAGCAAUACAUCAACGAGCGCCAUGUUACCUCGGCUCUAAACUAGAUGUUGAAGAACUUAUGAACCAUUUGAAAGCUUAAAUAUAAAGAAUUUCUAUUGUCAUUUACC